UAUGACAUGCGCGGGCGCGUGCUGGUUUCUCGAUGACGUCUUCAUCAGGGGGCUUGUGGGAGUUGUAGUGUUUUUUUUUUUUCUCACGAGGCUGUUGGCUUGGCAACAACAGCAGGCGGAAGGGAGCGAAGAAGACGAAGAGGGCUGCGCUCGCUUUAAAUACUGUAUUACAAACGUGCUCGGUCUCGUCGUGGUAUAAUGCAGCCCUGCUAGCGCGGCAAGCAACCGCGGACCUGCCUGUUAAUGAAAUGUUUUAAAAAUAAUAUCCGCAAAAAAACCCACGCCAUUUAUUUCCCGCGCAACCCGGAAGUUACGCCGGCCCAGGCUGUUUUUGUAUUUGUUUUUUGACAGGCGCGGUGCAGUCUGUGUUGCUGUUGGUUCCGUCUCCCCACAGUCUGCAAUAACGACAGAGCGGAUCGGCACAUCAGCAGCAGAAUCACAGAUGGAACAGCCUGCCCAGUCCUACAUGCUUGCCAGCCUGACGCGACCGCACUCCGAACAGCUCCUGCAGGGCCUGCAGCUCCUCCGGCAGCACCGCGAGCUCUGUGACAUCGUGCUGCGCGUCGGGGAUGCCAAGAUCCACGCGCACAAGGUGGUGCUCGCCAGCAUCAGCCCCUACUUCAAAGCCAUGUUCACGGGCAACCUCUCGGAGAAGGAGAACUCGGAGGUGGAGUUUCAGUGCAUCGACGAGGCAGCCCUGCAGGCCAUCGUGGAGUACGCCUACACAGGGACUGUCUUCAUCUCCCAAGAGACUGUGGAGUCGCUGCUGCCGGCCGCCAACCUGCUGCAGGUCAAGCUGGUCCUCAAGGAGUGCUGUGCCUUCCUGGAGAGCCAGCUGGACGCCAGCAACUGCAUCGGCAUCUCGCGCUUCGCCGACACCUAUGGCUGCAACGACCUCUACCUGGCUGCCACCAAGUUCAUCUGCCAGCACUUCGAGGAGGUGUGCCGGACGGAGGAGUUCUUUGAGCUGACCCGGGCCGAGCUGGACGAGAUCCUCUCCAACGACUGCCUCAACGUGGUGACGGAGGAGACCGUCUUCUACGCCCUGGAGUCCUGGCUCAAGUACGACGUGCAGGAGCGGCAGCAGUACCUGGCCCAGCUGCUGCACUGCGUCAGGCUGCCCCUGCUCAGCGUCAAGUUCCUCACUCGGCUCUACGAGGCUAACCACCUGAUCCGGGACGACCACACCUGCAAGCACCUGCUCAACGAGGCGCUCAAGUACCAUUUCAUGCCCGAGCACAGGCUCUCCUACCAGACCGUCCUCUCCACCCGCCCCCGCUGCGCCCCCAAAGUGCUGUGCGCUGUCGGGGGCAAGGCUGGACUGUUCGCAACGCUGGAGAGCAUGGAGAUGUAUUUCCCCCAGACUGACUCGUGGAUCGGGCUGGCGCCACUCAGCGUCCCCCGCUACGAGUUUGGGAUCGCAGUCCUGGACCAGAAGGUGUUCGUGCUGGGGGGGAUCGCCACGCACAUGCGGCAGGGCAUCAGCUACCGACGGCACGAGAGCACGGUGGAGAGCUGGGACCCCGAGACCAACACGUGGACGCUGGCGGAGCGCAUGACGGAGAGCCGCAGCACUCUGGGGGUGGUGGUGCUGGCCGGGGAGCUGUACGCCAUGGGCGGCUACGACGGGCAGUACUACCUGCAGUCCGUGGAGAAGUACAUCCCCAAGGUGAAGGAGUGGCACCCCGUGGCGCUCAUGAUGAAGUCCCGGAGCUGUUUCUCAGCGGCGGUGCUCGACGGGAUGAUCUACGCCAUCGGAGGGUAUGGCCCUGCGCACAUGAACAGUGUGGAGCGGUACGACCCCAGCAAGGACUCCUGGGAGAUGGUGGCACCGAUGGCGGAUAAAAGAAUAAACUUUGGCGUGGGCGUCAUGCUGGGCUUUAUAUUCGUUGUGGGCGGGCACAAUGGGGUUUCUCACUUGUCCAGUAUCGAGAGGUACGAUCCCCAUCAGAAUCAGUGGACCGUGUGCAGGCCGAUGAACGAACCCAGAACAGGGGUGGGUGCUGCCAUCAUCGAUAACUACCUCUAUGUGGUGGGAGGACAUUCAGGGUCAUCGUACCUGAAUACUGUUCAGAGGUACGACCCAAUCACAGACAACUGGUUGGACUCCAGUGGCAUGAUGUACUGUCGUUGUAACUAUGGCCUGACUGCUCUGUGACAGUUUAUGUGACUGAUGUAUUAGUCGGGGUAAAAAGGGGUUAAAGGGGGUACAAGGGAAGAGGAGGAAUGUGGACGGGGUUUGUUGUGACAGAAAAACCCUGCAUGGCAAAAAACAAACAAUAAAAAAACAAACAAGGAAAGCAAAGAAAACUUUUGAAGUGCCCGUGUGUUGCUGAGACCCGGGAGCGGCUUUGUGGAUUAAGGACUGAUCGGAUCAGAAAAGAAAAAGAAAAAGCGUGUGGCUGCUGCUGUCGGGUCCACACAUGCCCGUUCGUCUGCAGAGUGAGCAAGCAGGUGUAUCAGGGGAGCGCGAUUCGUACUUCUGUUUUUGAAUUCCUCUCUUGCUGGCGUUAUCUCUCCUACUGGUGAGUGCAAGGAGGAAAGGAGGAGGAGCCAACGGAGAGUAAACACAGAGUCAACCCUCGCCAGGGUUUUAUUGUAAUCUUCUGAUUACUUCAUAUAUACAGCUGUGUGUGUGUGUGUGUGUGUAUCUAUAUAUAUCUAUAUCUAUCUAUAUAUAUAUAUACACACACACACACAUUUAAUUUAAAAAAUCUGCAAAUACCCCCCACCUACUCGUUUUACAGAGAGGAAAGAAAGCGAGAAGGUGAGUCUGGGAUGGAGUGUGUGUGUUUUGCGUGUGCGUGUGGGUUUGGCUGGAAUCAGAAGCGUGGCUGUGCUUCUCUCGUGUCACGCUGAUGGGGUUUGAUUGCAUCAGUUGCUGUAUAUGACGAAACAAAACAGUGCUUCACACAAAAAAAAACUUUUUACAAAUUGUUAACUUAAAAAGGGCUGCCUUUUUUUUUUCUUGUAAAUAAUCAAAGAGAGAAACUUAUCGUGCGCUGCCUGUAAAUGUUUUACGUGUUCGGUUUCUAGGUAGGGUGAGGGUAGGGGGGGCGGGGGGAGGUGUGUCCUCUGCGAAUGUUAGUGGUAAAUUGAAUAUGCGCAAUACAGUUCACAGAGCUAAGGAUCACUUGUUGGCUUCUUUUCUAUAAAGAUAAUGUACAUGAAUAACUCUUGGAGGCCAGUGACGUUUAUCUCAAGUUUAACCAACUUCUGUGCAAGUAGCUGUACAGUUCAAACUUUAAACCUGAACUGUACACCAUGUUCCCCAGAUACUAUAACGUUUUACAUAUAGAUAAUAUAAUAGCAUAAAGCCACUGUAUCUGGUGCUACCUUAGGAUUCAGGAUAAAGAGCUGUAACUGAUGUCCUUACAGCAGUAUGGUCUGUCUCGUGCAUGACUCAUUUGACGUGUAUAUCAAUAUUGUUUAUAAUUGUUUUGGUUUUUUUUUCUCAUUUGUGCCUGUGAAUACUUUACCUUCUAUUUUACUCAUUUCUUUUUUGAGAGUGAAUUUGUUCUAAAUAUCUCCUUGUGGUUAUCGUGCUGACACCAUGCAAUAACGCGGUAUGCCUUCGUGGGCCUGUCCCCUUCAGUUCUCCAGUGCUGUCAGAUUAGACCCAGCAGGGAGACUUCAACACAAUCACUGCCCAGGUGUUUGUGUUCUCCAGUUGCCUAGCAGCUCGAGUCAUUCCAGGUUUAUUGUGCACUUCAUGACCUGAGCGCGCACACACACACACACACACACAGAUCACAAGCUCAGGUGUGUCUAAACUAAGGAAAGCCUGGGAUGGAUCCAGCUGCUAUGCAGUGGGAGUCUUAUUUCCAUACCAGUUUGUUAUUCCCUUCGUUCUAUUUCUUCUUUUUAUUCUCAAAGAGUUCUGAUAACUUUGCCUGUUGUUAUUUCAAGGUCUGUACGAAAUCAAAAUGAUUUCAGUCUGAAUAAUACCCACCACAGUGCUCCUGCAUUAAACUGUGCGUUCAGCACAAUCGAAGCCGUGGGCUCACAACUGAACAGAUGUGGUUCUGAGCGAUCGUUGGUUGGGACAUCCCAGUGAAUGUUCACAGAGCAGAUUAAGAUGAACUCUGAAAGAUUUCCCAAGCAUUGACUGGUCAGAUGGAAACAGGACCACAAGGGUGUGUUUGUGACACGCAUGCUCAGAAACACGUGUGCCACAUGGAGCAGUUGCCAAUGCGUGAUUUAUUGAUUUAUUUUUUUGAAUGCCAGUGCAACACUUCUCUGUAUAAAUUUGAUUUCAUUCUGGCCUCAGCAGAUACAUGUGCCAUUGUUUGUAAUCGAGUCACUCCGUGCUGGCACAUCCGUAGACUGGGUUGGGUCUCCGAAACUUCGCAAAAUGAACAGAAAAGUAUCGAAGCACCCUCAGAAUAAAAAGAACUAGGCUGUUGGGAGCGUGCAAUAAAGCACGUCAACUAAGCAAUUCUUCAAUCAUGCAAGACGGAAAAAGAGUCUGUUUUCCAAAUCUUAUGUGUGCUGGCUUGGGGGUGGAGGGGUCUUAACUGGUUAACUGGACAGUGAGAUUUUUUUUUUUUCUGUACUAAUAAUGCCAGUGCCAUUGCUGGAAAAUGACAUGGGCGCAGCUGUUCCAGUCUGGUCUUCACCAGCAGGUGGCGCUGCAAGGCUAGUGGUGUAUGAAGACAUUGGGGCUGGGCAUGAUGUUGAAGCUCAAGGUCUUGCUCAUUCAACACGGCCAUGCCAGCAGAAAUACAUGCCCUGCACUUCCCAGUAAGGUAAUGCUUUAUGAAAGGAAAUCAGAACGGCUGGGUCCACAGACCACAAUUAGCACUAAUGUUAACGAUGAUAACAUUCGCUAGUCCGAGAUCAGUGUGAAUCGGGGCUUGUGAACCCAUUCAUCUUGACAAUUGAGGUUCGCAAAAGAUGCUACAACUGAUUGCCAUUAAAAAAAAAAAUGCAAUAAGCCAAAACCGUGUUUGUUCUACCAAGCACCUUCAAAAAUCUCCCCAAACCACACAGAGCAUUCGCAGUCGAGCUCUGUGCAGAGAUGUCUGUAACAAGGACAGUGUGGGCCGUCUAGCUGCGUCUUUUUAUUAACAUCUUGCUCUAUUUUUUUUUUUUUCCCUCACGUGCUCACUUCUUUAUAUUUAACUUGGCCCGGACCAAAACCUACCCUAAGAGACCGUGCUUUGAGUGAACCUUGAUGUCAAACGUCUAACACACAUGUAUGUUGGUAUUUAAAAUAGUGCAAUAAUCUUUGGUACAGGUUUUUUCUGUUUGCCAUUGUUUUCGAUGUAAGUGAAAUGAAUGCCUAGAGCUGUUGCUGUAUGGGACUGUUCAGAUUGCUUUGUAAAUAUCCGUAUCGGCACGUGUCCGUAGCAAAGUAGACUUAGAUUUCCUUGUUCUUCCAUAUCGAGUGCAACAGAAAAGAAAUGCGCUGUUAUAAUCCAUUGUUCUUACGCUCAUCGGAAAUGGGAACGGUCUUGCUUUUUGUUUUAAAAACGAAUCUCAACAAACUCCAUAUAAUUAAGAAAAAAUAAAUAUCUAUUACAUUUGAUAUUACAGCCUACCCAUUACAAGUAGUAAGUACAGUAGUUGUGUUCUUCCUGAGCAGUAAGUGUUGGGCUGACAAGCAUUAGUGGUCACUGACAUGUCCAGUGGCUUUAAGGGGUAGUGUAUGCCUGUCUGAGAGAGAUGCUGGUGCCGUAGCUUGUAUGCUUCUCACUGGAGAGGGGGUGGUAGUUUAACUGUGUUCCUUUUUGAUUUCCCAAAAUUUAAGCAUCAAGUUCUGUCGUCUUCUUUCAAAAGUUCUGUUGUUUGACUUAAUUUAAAAUGUGCUAGCAUUGCAUUAGCCAAACUUCACCUGGAAUCUGAUUGCCAAUACAAAUACAGACACACAAAUAUAUGAUACACUGCUUAUUUAAAUAAAUAAUAGACUCAUAGAGAGAUAUUCAGUUUAUUCUCAUUAGAACUGAGCCCUAAUAAAUGUAAAUGUGAAGUCAGCAUUCAGAUCUGUAGAAUCCUUUCUGUGAAGCGGUGCGUGGAUUGGAAAGUUCCUUGCAUUGUUAGGAACACUGAUAUUUAAAGCUACCGAAGCUAAUGAAGUUUGCACAUCCUUUCAGCAGAACUGUAACAGAAUUGUCUGCAAAAUGCCGCAGCAAGUCACAGAGAUUGUGAUGAUCUAUAGUAAAUAAUCUCAGACGGGUUCUUUUUUGGGAAAUCCAUUUUCAUUUUUAAUUUUUAUUAACUUCAUCUGUGUUUGCCAUCAUAUUUUCACCGAAGUGCUCAUUUGUAAAGAAUAGGCAUAGAAGACAAAUAACUACAUCACGGAGGACUGUUUAAGUAGAAUUUGCAACCAGUUUUACACUGAAAACGCCGAUACAUACUGAUGUCACGUUAACCAACAGCGUUUUCACACUCGAGGCUCUUUUACUGCUGGAGUGCUAAUCCGGCGUUCAGGAGAACGAAACCCAAUGUAGAUGGUUGUGGAGGGAGUAAGGAACAGGCCUUUGCAAUAUUGUUUCACAGGACCUUUAUUGCUCUGUACUCGCUGCACAAACAGUUUGGGGAUUUAAAAAAAAUAAUAACAAUUGAACGUUGUUCUCCCUUUUUAAUUCGGGAUCGGAGCUACCUCUAAGGUAGAGCUGUUCAAUCCAGCAGUCGGGUGAACUCUCUCUCCCCGAUAUUCUUCCAGUGUGAAGGCGGACGCUGUCAUGUCCAGCUCCGUGUGAAAACGGUAUAAAUUAUCAUCCAGUUCCUAUCCACGACUUAGUCACUUUACCAGAGUCACACUUGUGGUGUUGUGCUUGAAUCCCAGGUACAGUGUGUGACUUUGUAUUGUGUUUUGUUUGUGUUCCUCCAGGAGGAGAUCUCGGUAACCACUCUUAGUUUCUGGUUAACACGUCACAAUCUGUGCAGUUUUGGUUUUCUUUUGUUGAGAUCGUUUUCAAGCAUGCACCUUUUAGCCGUGACCUUUCACACCUCACACACCACCUCCCUAAUUUAUGUAUUUGUUUUAUUUAUUGGUUUUUAUUAAUAUUAUUUUACUGUUUACAUCAGGAGCUGUUUUUUUUAACAAGGUUCAUCGCUACCUGAGUUACAAAGCAAAAUGCUUGCCUUAAAAAAUUCAUCUCAGAGUUUGUGGAAAAGAAAAAUGUAAAGAACUGGAUGAUAAUUCUUUCAAGUUUGCCUUACGCGCUGUGCUUUACUCUGAAGAACUGAAGCUAAUUUUUAAACUCAAAUUCUUAAAAACCUUUUGUCAAAAACAGGGUGGCAUUCUUUAUACCCUCCAUACUGUCGAGAGUGUCAUUUGAGAUUGUGUCAGUGUUUUUAACUGUGCUUCUCUGUGUGUAUAUAAUGCAGUGCUGUAGAACUGAUUCCUGCGGGACUCUCUGGUUUACAUUACAACUGGCAUCUGAAAUGACUGUUGCAUACGUUUUCAUCAUCUGUCCAGAGUUUAGAUUUACAUGCUUCUUGUGAUUACAAAAAAAAAAAAAAAUGCAAAGUGAAUCCCUGUUUAUUACAGAAUUGCAUUGAACGUGUGACCUUUUCCUAAAUAAACACACAAAAUAUUGUA